AUGCGAUGCGCGAGCAAGGCCGCCGAGAGCGCGUCUGCACGUCUCUGUGCGGACGCCGAAGCAGAAACAACAGCAACUGAUGUCUCAUCGGUUGCUGAAGCGACCCAGCCUGUGUCACUUGGUGAUGCAGGCGCUGGUCAUGAAGACACUCGUGUCUUCACAGAGUACGAGCUCGGUGUCUCAUACUCUCCUGAUACGGAUGACGGAUCCGUAUCGACGGCGAUUGAAUCUAAGCCGCCUGCCAAGCGUGGCAUGGACGAUGCUUUGCGUCGCAGCAUCUUUGGUUCAUCUGAUGAAUCAGAUGAACCAUCGCCGAAGCGAAGGCGCUCGAGGUCGCGAGACUCGGGCGCUAACAGUGGUGUCGGUUCUCCUAUUGACACCACUUCGCAACGAGGUGCCAGUACUUCUGUCGGCACGUCGCAGGAAGAGCGGGACCGCAAUGUCUUGCGUCUCGCUCCAGAAAAGAAGGCAUGGAUGCCUCCAAAAUCCGUCAUGGAUCACUUGUCGGCGACGACGAGUGAUCGUUAUCGAACACGAUUGUUCGAUUCGUCAAGGAUCCAUCACCUUGACCCCAGCGCGAAAAACUAUCGCGCUGAACAUGAAUUCUUCAUCGAGGCUUUCUUUAGACAUCGAUGGUACAGUGGGAAUCACAAACGUGAUGGUCCCUCACUACUUCAGGCGUAG